GCACAGAACCUUUCGAUAUUUUUGCUCGUGUUCAUCUUGUUAGAUUUUGCGAUGGACGUUUCAUUUAUCGCCCUGCACGGAAAUGAUUUAACGUGGACGUAUUCUGUCAGCCUUGCUCUCCUGAUAACCCCGAUCGCCUUGAAUAUAAUAACCACCUUUUUCAUAAUUUCUGAUGAACAAGCCAUUAAUGACAAGUUCUUUAAGUGGUGGCUAAAAUAUCAAAAUUCCAGUCUCAUCUUUAUCGUAUUUAGUUUGAUUGACUUGGAUUUUUUGAACAUCAUGUCCUCGAGAUUUGCUGGAAUUCAAAAAUUCAAUGCACCAUUUAGUCACAAGACCCGAAGAACUGUGUUCAUCAUGAAUAUCGUAAACUUAGUUAUUGAGGAUUUUGGACAGGCCAUUGUCUUAAUUCUGUACCAAGUGUACACAGUUUUACCACACAUAAUUCCAAUAUUGGUGUUAUCAUCGUGCCUUUUUGUAAUCUUUAUAAAGUUCGUAACCUCAUCCUCCUUUAUGGUAGCCUUCUGCCAGCCCAGAAUUUUUGGAGUAACCGACGAUUUACUGAAAGAACCAAAGAGACCAUGGUACAAAAAAAAAUCAUCAGACUCGGAUUUCCAGGCGGGCGGAGAGUACAAAGGUAUCGCUUCUGGUUACAAUGAACCCGAUAAUAACGGUAUAAAAAAUGAUGUACCAAAAAUCACGGAAAAUUAUAAUGUGGAUGCAAGUGGAGGUCGGAUUUUCUCACUAAAGAAGGUGGAUGCAAAGGUCCACAAUAUACCGCACGGUAAAAGAGUUGAAGAUGCGAUAAUUAAUGUAGAAGAGGAUGGAAAAGGUAGUACGGCCAGUGGAUCAGAGUUAAUUUACGGUCCAGGAAAAGUUUAUGGGAGUGCGACCAGCCUUCCAAAAAGGUCAAGCGAUUUCGGAAUUAUCGGGUACGCCGGGAAAGUUAUAGAAGGAGAAGCUGCCAUAAUAGAAGGUGACACAUCAGGUCUAAGUGCAGAACAUUCGGCUGUUAUAGAAAGCACAGCUGAACCCGAGACAACGCAGGUCCAACAAACCUUAGUGGAAGAAACUCCCCUUGAAACAACUACCAGCGAAAAUAUUGACGAUCAAACAGUAGAGGAAGAAGCAGAACCAAGUGAAGACAGAAGUAGGGGACCACGAUUAGCCAGAAUUGGAAGCGUAGAUACGUAUCAAACGUCGGCGGGCAGAACUGCUACGACCAUAAGCAGAUCCAACACCAUAAUCUCUCAGACCACGUUAGAAAGCGAAGAAUCCACGAAUGUUGGAAGAAGGACUAGUUCAGGUGACUAUGGUGGUAGGAUAAAGAGAGAGGUUAGUAGUGAGAUGAUGAGUGACAUCACGAAGAAUGAGGGAGAAAACAGAUUUUGA